CUUGCAACAAAGAUCGACAAAUAAUGGAUCCUCGACGUGCAUGUUCGAAGCCAGCACGUUGACCGGAUUGGGCGUCACAGGUUAGUUUCUUUGGAAUCGAAGUGAGUGCAUGCAUACCUGGUAUUGGUUGCUCAUUGUUGCUUUCAUCCAUUGUAGACUAAAUACCCUCAUAAUACUCAAGCUUCCUCACUUACUUGAACGUGCAGGCCGGCAAGCAAGUGGCUUUCCUUAUAUCUACCUCACCUGAAUGAAGCCACACCCAUAGAAAUCCAUUUCGGCAGCAGUUGAGCGUUGGCAAGAAAGACUGAGGUUGCCGUGCUGUAUUGGACUUGUUGUUGUUCCGAACAGACAGUAAAUCAAUCAUGAGGACUGCCAACACGUGUCACAGUGGUGCCAAUGAUGAUGGUACCUGUAUUUCCACAACCAAUCCUGAGGAUUGGGUCUCUCUGGUAGGCAAAGUCUGGUUGGAUUAUUUUUGGCCCAGUUUUGCCUGGCAAGAUAUUCUCUUGGUCAGUUUUUCGACGCUCUUCUAUUCCGUCCUCUUCUUGACGGUCGUCUACUUUUGGUGGGCCAAUCGACAAUUCCACUUUCGCAAACGACAAAAGGAUGGAUCAAGACUCAGUAUGGUCGCCACCAAAGCCGAUGCCUUGGAAUAUCAGCGGCGACUUCGCGCCAAAGCCAAAGAUGAUACGGAUGAUGAUUCCAGUGAGAGUUCCAGUCUGACUGGUGACGCCGCUGAAGACAACAUCAACAAUACGAAUAGUCAGGACGAUGCCGACAACAAUAGCAUCGACAAUUACAGUUGGGGAUCCUUCAAUGAUGGCGAUCUCAGUGAUUACGACACGGACGACAGUGACGAAGAACAAGAAACACAACAACCACCACCAUCACGAUCAACAUCCUCCAUUCCCAAAGUACCCAUGAAACGGCGCAAUUCCGCCUUUAUCAAAACAUUUCCACCCGAAAAACGACAACAAGUCAAGGAUCUGACCGCCGUCGUGUCACAAAUGGAAGUUUUCAGCUAUCUCAGUCAAGAGGCAUUUGUACAGUGCCUCGAAUACAUGGAAUAUGUCGAUCUCGCGGCGGAUGAAGUCCUGUUUGAUCAAGAGACACUCGAUGGAUCGCUCUAUGCCGUCGUUUCGGGACGCGUCAAGUGUCAACUCGAGUUUGUACAACCAUCACAACAAUCACAAAAAGCACCGUCGCAACCAAAAAUGCACUUUGCAAAUGACAAUAACAAUAGCAACAAUCUGUUCAUGGACGACAAUGAUGAUGAUGACGACGAAGAACCCUGCAUUAGUUUUACAGCCGGCAAUGGGGAUGUCGUCACAUCCUUGCUCUCCAUGUUGGCUGGAUUGGUACGAAAAUGUCAAGAACGAACCAACCAACAACACAACAACCAGCGUCAUUGGUUGCUCCCCAUUGUACCCGAGGGAAUCUCGGUGCGAGCCGUGGGAGCCGUGCCGCAUACCCGACUCGUCAAGGUGCCACCGCAUUGUUUUCUGGGCAUGUUGGAUUCCUUUCCGCAAGAUGUCCAUCGGAUUGCACAGACCAUUAUUGCACGGAUGCAACGCGUCAUUCUGCAAACGGUUGUCCGUUGUUUGGGACUGCAAAAGGAAAUUGUGCGCAAAAGCAACAACAACAAAUCGAGCAACAAAACCAAUCCACUGGAAAAACUGCAUCCCGUGGCAUGGGCACGAUUGCAGACCGCACUUCAAAAUUAUGUUCCCGAUGCGGCUCCUCAUACGGUGCAAACACAAGUCGCCAAAGAUGCCGCUGCUGUUGCCACGGCACUCAUCCUCGGAUAUUGUCAUGAAGAAGAAGAAGAAGAAGAAACAACAACAGACCAACUGGCAAUCUUGAAGAGUACCUACGACACCAUCCACUCCGUGGGGUCGGUCAUUUCCCUGGCACCGGGGCACAGCUUGAUGGAAAUGGGAGACACUCCGGAUGCCAUUUACAUUGUCCUGCAAGGAAGUUUAGACGUUGGUAUGCACGUCAUGGGUGCUUCCUCGACACUCAAACAAUCCCAACGACGAACGAGUAUCAUGACGAAUCAACAACAACAAUCACAGCGACGCAGUAUCUUUCCACCCGCAGAAGGAAAUAAUGGUGAAGGCGGCAAGAAUCGCCGUCGCUCCUCCAUCAAGCGACCGUUUCAACAAGCCAGCAAUACGACAAGUAGUGGUACCAAUAUUUCAUCACAACGAUUUAGUCGCAUCGAUCGAAACACCGUGGGAGAAAUGGCGGGGCAACUCAAUUGCUUCACGGGAGACCCCAACAUUGUUUCCUGUCGCAACACCAGUGAAUGGGAACCCGCCUUGCUAUACAAGAUUCCCAAGGGCACGUACGAAUCGAUUUUGGCAACGCAACCAAUGGCGUUGACGGAAUGUGUGGGGUCCAUCUUGUAUCGUCUGGGAUCACCGAUUGUCUGCUUGCUCGAUUUCAAUGUGGAGUGGAUGCAUGUAGAGGCAGGAGAAGAUGUGAUUCAAAAAGGUGAGACCUGUGAUGCCUUGUAUGCCGUCUUGAACGGUCGCCUGAGGGCAGCCGUGGCACCUCUAUAUGGGCAUUUCAAUCGCAAAUCUUCCGGUGGAGUGUCAUUGGGAUCGUCCAUCCCAGGUCCUGAGGUUAUGGACCGCAACAACAGUAAAGAAACAAACAAAAGCUUUCUCGCUCGGGCCAAACAACGAUUCAAAAACAAAGUCAUUGAGCGUUUCAAGAAGAACGCACCUCAAGUGGCCAAUGCACCUCCACGACCUUCGCGCCGCAUGAUGGGCGAAGAAGCUCAAGGAGAAGAGUUCGGCAGAGGAUCAAUCAUUGGCGAAGUAGAAAUACUCACUGGAGCUGAUUGGGCUCAAGAUAUUUAUGCCAGUCGCCAUUCGGAGCUCGCGAGAGUUCCAGUCAACGUUCUCAAUGCUAUCAUUCGGAUGUGCCCAAGGGCUGGUCUUCACUUGGCCCGGGUAGUAGCGUCUCAAAUCCAGCGUAAAGCAAACGCCAGCAGGAAACAACAAAACCCCGGAAUUGCCCCGACCUUAAACAAGAGUUCGCUCGGUCCUCCAAUACAAGUCAUCGGGGACUCUCCAAGCAAACCAAAGACAGCAACCACACCAGCUGGAAUUGUUGACUCGAACAACUUCAUGCCAAGCUACGGGCUGCCAUUGGCUACCAUUGCGGUUGUCCCAAUGCUGGAAGGGGAUUUCUCCAUCGACGAGUUCUGUCAGACCUUGCAGAAUACUCUCCACACCAGUAUCGCCCCGACGAAGCUCAUGACCAAGGCCUUUGCGCGUCAGGAACUUGGAGACGCCUGGAAAGAACGUAACGCCAUGCACAAGCUGAAAAUGACAAGGUUGUGCGGGGACAUGGAAGAAAACUAUCGGCUGGUUGUCUACCAAGCAGAGCACAAGUAUACCUGGUGGACUCGGUUUUGCAUUCAACGGGCAGACUGUAUCUUGUUGGUUGUCAAGGCAGAAAAGGCGCCGCCGAAGAAGCAAGUGGAAGUUUGCUUGUCGUGGGCUUUUGCAGCCUUGAAUGUGAAAAUACAAUUGGUAGUGUUGCAAAGCUCGUCAAAAGUCACCUUUACCGACGAGGACGACGAAGACUGGGAGGCCCAGGGUGUCUACGAAAACAUGGCGAGUAGUGACGAGCUCAAUGAUUGGAGCGAGCAACGUUAUUGGAUUGCUGGGCACCAUUCAGUCCGAACGCCGUUUCGGAAACAUGCUGCAGACUUUGGUCGCCUUUGUCGUCGUGUCACGGGUCGAUCCAUUGGUAUUGUCCUCGGAGGCGGCGGGGCUCGUGGUUUGGCACACAUUGGGGUUAUCAAAGCAUUGAUGGAAGCCGGCAUCACAAUCGAUUUCGUUGGUGGGACGUCCCAGGGAGCUUACAUUGGUGCUCUCUAUGCCAUGAACCCGGAUGACUAUCCCGCCUUGGUCAAAGCAGCAAAACAAAUGGCGGACAGCAUGGCCAACAACUGGGAAAAACUGCGAGACCUGACGCUUCCUCUGGUGAGCUUUUUCUGCGGGUACAGGUUCAACAGAGGAAUCCAAAGAUCAUUGGGUCUUCGUCGUAUCCAGGAUCUUGUUUGCAACUUCUUCUGUGUGAGUGUUGAUAUCCGCAACAAUGUUCAAGUUGUUCAUACGAAAGGAGUUUGUUGGCGAUACGUUCGCGCUUCCAUGAGUCUUCAGAGUUAUUUGCCCCCUCUCUCGGAAGAUGGUGUAUUGCUCGUGGAUGGAGGAUACAUGAACGUGCUGCCCGCAGAUGUCAUGAAGCGGCAAAUGAAGGCAAGAACAGUGAUUGCAGUGGAUGUCUCUGCAGAGGUCGUCCUGGACAACUAUGAGUACGGAACACACCUGAAUGGUUGGUGGCUUCUCUACAACAGUUGGAAUCCGUUCACCCAGACGGUCAAAAUCCCGUCGAUGGGCGACAUUUCAGAGAGGCUGGCUUGGGUGAACUGUGAUAAUCAGAAGAAGAAGGUUAAGGAGUACAUUGACUUGUUCCUGGAGCCUCCCGUCAGCAACUAUGGUGUGUUGGAGUACGACAAGUUUGAUGAGAUCAUCUCGAUCGGCUACGAACACGCAAAGCCCAAGGUGGACCACUUCGUGAAGAAGUAUCCACAUUUGGUCUCCUGAGAAUGGGUAUCCCUGGCUACUAGUUAAGACAUGCUAUGCAAGCUAUAAGCGUUAGGUAUUAUAGCUAAGCAUGUCUGACACGCUGGAAAGUGUAUAAUUGUACCGUAGCAAACCAGUUAGGGACUGUGAUGCUGCACAAACCGCUCAUCCACAUUCAAAUCCACGCUUUGAUGGUGGUGAUUCCCAAAUAGCAAAAAGAAAGCCAGUUGAAAGACCACAAGGAAGUCCUUCACUUGAGCAGCCAAAACAUCUUUGGUGACAAUGUGGAACACCUGAGGAAUGGACAGACAAAAAAAGACUCCCGUAACCAUGAAGCGACCAAGUGAGUCCGUUCCUUGGGUUGCAACGGCCCAGGAAAGCAAGGCCAAUAACAGUUCUCGCACAGCCCACAUCAUGAGGAAGAAGUCGGAAGCGAUAGUAGGGUCCUUCCCUUCCAGGUUGAUAUAAGUUUUGACAAAGAGGUCGGGUGCUAGGAGCAUUUGGGCGGCAAAAGUUGUCAGUCCCACGGCGACGACCUUGAGUGCAGUUUGAGGAGAAAAGAUUGUAUCCAAGAAACUGGGUGGGGUUUGCUGUGGGUUGGCGCCAACAGAGCGAGGGACCGACAAACUUGGCAGUGCUGGUUGCGUCUUCUUCCAUGUUGCAACACUACGGCGAGAGAACUGUCCUAUCGCCUGCACAUCUUGCAGGGUGAAUGCAGCCAGGAAGCAGCAGACGAUGACGAGGGAUUGAUGGAGGCGGCCCAUGGCUGAAACAAGAUCCUACCGUGUUUGUUAUGAGGACUGGGAGAAGAAGUGAAAACCAGAAGCUCACCAAUCCUGCGACCGCGCAAAGCU